AUGCUAGGAAUCAGAUCAUUUAGAUUGAAUGCCAGAAGAUUUUUGGCAACAGCUCAGCCAAGUAUAGGGCGUUUCACCGGGAAGCCCAAUCCAUCUACUGGUAAGUUUACAGUUUCCUUUAUUGAGGGUGAUGGUAUUGGUCCUGAGAUUUCCAGUUCUGUGAAGCGUAUUUUCCAAGCUGCGGAUGUUCCAGUUGAGUGGGAGACCUGUGAUGUGACUCCUAUCUUCGUGAAUGGAUUGACCACAAUUCCAGACCCAGCUGUGCAAUCUAUAAACAAGAACCUAGUGGCAUUGAAGGGUCCUCUGGCCACUCCUAUCGGUAAAGGUCACAGAUCCUUGAACUUGACCUUGAGAAAGACUUUCAACCUGUUCGCCAAUGUGCGUCCAGCCAAGUCCAUCGAAGGUUUCAAGACUACAUACGAAAAUGUCGAUCUGGUACUUAUCAGAGAGAACACCGAAGGUGAAUACUCCGGUAUCGAGCACUUGGUCUCUCCAGGUGUGGUUCAGUCCAUCAAGCUGAUUACUAGAGACGCCUCCGAGAGAGUCAUUAGAUAUGCAUACGAGUACGCCAGAGCCAUUGGCAGACCAAGAUUGAUAGUAGUCCACAAGUCCACUAUCCAAAGACUAGCAGACGGUCUAUUCGUCAACGUGGCCAAAGAACUAGCAGCAGAGUACCCAGACAUCCAACUAGAGACAGAACUAAUCGACAACACAUGUCUAAACGUUGUCUCCAACCCAUCUUCCUACACUGACGCAGUCUCCGUAUGUCCAAACUUGUACGGUGACAUCUUGUCAGACUUGAACUCCGGUCUAAGUGCCGGUUCCUUGGGUUUGACCCCAUCCGCUAACAUCGGUCACAAGGUCUCCAUUUUCGAAGCUGUUCACGGUUCAGCUCCAGAUAUUGCAGGUCAAAACAAGGCUAACCCAACAGCUCUUCUUCUAUCCUCCGUCAUGAUGUUGAACCACAUGGGCAUGACUGAACACGCAGACAGGAUCGAAAAGGCCGUCCUAGGUACGAUCGCCGGUGGCUCUGAAUACAGAACCGGUGACUUGGGUGGUUCUGCUUCUACCACUUCCUUCACAGACGCUAUCAUCAAGAAGUUGUAA